GCGACAGCCGCGAGGUCCUCUGAGCGAAGAUGGCGGCGGUGGAGUCGAAGUCGGUGCUGUUCGUGUGCCUGGGAAACAUCUGUCGCUCUCCAAUAGCUGAAGCAGUUUUCAGAAAACUUGUAAGUGAUGAAAAGCUUGAACAUAAGUGGAGGAUAGACAGUGCAGCGACAUCUGCCUAUGAAAUAGGAAGCCCUCCUGACUAUCGAGGACAGAAUUGCAUGAAGAAGCAUGGCAUUACCAUGAAUCAUAUUGCCAGGCAGAUUACUAAAGAGGAUUUCCAGACCUUUGAUCAUAUACUUUGUAUGGAUGAGAGCAAUCUAAGAGAUUUGAACAGGAAAAGCAACCAAGUUAAAGACUGCAAGGCCAAAAUUGAGCUACUUGGAACUUACGAUCCACAGAAACAGCUUAUCAUUGAAGAUCCGUACUAUGGGAAUGAAAAGGACUUUGAAACUGUUUACGAGCAGUGUCUCAGAUGCUGUAAAGCAUUUUUGGAAAAGUAUCAUUAAUGCUUCAUCAUAUAAUUUCUAAAAGAAAAUAAUUAGCUUCUUCUGAAAUAUGUAAAGUUUUCUUGAUUGAUGUAUUAUUUAAAUUGUAAAAUUAUGCCUCUACAUUCGAUACUUACUCAGUUUGAUUUUGUAUUUUAGCUGUUCUGUCAUCUAAUGAAAAAAUAUAGAAAGGUUUCAGUUGGAUAAUAUAAUCAACCAUGUUGUCACACAUCAAUGUAGUUAUAAAUUCAGGAUAAAUUUUUCUGUAAACUCUUCCAGUGCUUUCUCAUAAGCACUACAAAAGUGACACCUUGCUUCUUUAUAUGUAAUGCUAACUGAACCGAGGUCUUGUCAUUCUGUCCUCAGUGAGUUGAUUUCAGUCAAUUUUCAGUGGUAGUCUGUGAGAUAAUAAUUGAUGUGUAUCUUAGGUGUGUCAUCCCAGUAUCAUCAGGCAGCCUUAGGAUGGAAGCUGUUUCACGUAGAGCCUGCUAGACUAAAAGAUCUGCUGCCUGAUAGAACUAAGUCUUCCUUUGCUCUUCUGGUCAGUUCCUAGCACACUGACACAAGCACAUGUAACACAGAAUUCACUUAGAGGAGAAGACAUACCAGCUUAAAAGCCGACAUGUGAAAUUACACUUUCUAUCUCACAGUAGUAAAAUACUCAAAUCCAUGCAAAUACAAUGGAUGAGAAAUUUGCUGUAAUCCCAGUUCCUACAUGAGGGUCAGACAGUAUUUCCAGAUUUACUUAGGAGAACGUACAGCCUGUCUAAAGUGUUCUUUGAGAGUAUAGUUCAGUGUAAAGACAGUCCAUCUGUAGUACAAUAGUAAAUUAGGAGAAGGCCAGUAAGACAGUUCUGCGCUUGGACAAAAUUUGAAUGUUUUGUAAAAGUCUGUGCCUGCUUUUCUGAACAUCACCCUUCCUGUCUGCCUUAGACAUGUAAAUGUACUGAGAUUAGUAAUAUACAUGAUACCAUGAUGAUUUUCCUGUUUUGAAUAUUCUCAGCAUUGGUAUGAACUAGCAUUACCACAUUAUCUGUAAAACUGGAUCUAUAAAAUUUGUUUUCUUAUUUA